CUUAAGUCUGUGUCGCGGUAGAGCUUUUUCUUGACUGCAGAACUUGUUGAGAAAGCAUGUUUAUUUUUAACAUUGAGCAAUGGAAAAGUUGUUGGUUCUUCACGAGAACAAACAAUAUAUAGAUGAGUGUGCCGAUAUUCUUAACGAAGAAUGGAAGAGGAGCAAAUCUGCAAGGUUGCAUUCCUUAGAGAAAUCUUGUGAUAGUUUUCCUACCUGCCUCAUCUUGCUUGGAAACAUCCAUGGAGUGAACACUGUUGUAGCUCACUGCAGACUCUCAAAAGUUCAAGGAAAACCUGAUUCAAUUUUUGUGGAAUCAGUUGUAGUUAGGAAAGAUUUGCGUGGUAAGGGGUAUGGAAAGAAAAUAAUGCUGCAAACAGAACAGUUUGUAAAAAGAAAGGGAAUAACAACACUUUACUUGAGCACACAUGACAAACAGGACUUUUACAAACAUUUGGGCUACACAUUUUGUGAACCUAUUGUCAGUUUUGGUGUGAACACUGACCACUUACCAGAGGGCUUUCUACAAAAAUUUCUGCUUGAUACCACCUCUGAGAACAGCAGAGGCAAAGAUCCAAUCUCCUUGUCAACAAAUCAAGGACCGUCUGUAGUAUCUGCCCCCGCAGCUCCCCCACCUCCUCCCCCACCACCCAUAGGGGGAUUUCUCAAAGGACAGUCAAAAGUAGAUAGGUGGGACCCCAAUGCAAUAUCUUGGAUGAAAAAAGAUAUCUGAUGUGAGAAAAAGUUUCUUAUACAUUGUAUGUAAUCCCCUUUUACUCUGUACUUGAAUUAGAGCCGUUUUAACAAAAGCUUGGACUUUGGGUGGGUCUAACUACCAGUGUAGAUAGUUUACUCACCAAAACAUGCUGUGAAAUAUUGACCAUUCUUUUAAUCCACUAAGAACCAUUUUAACAGGAACUUGGACUUUGUAAAGUUGUGUCAAACAGCAUUAUGACGUAGCCCUGUCUAUUUCAUCAUUGGCCACUCAGCCUUGGCUCUUUGAAAUCAACACAAUUUGUAUGGUUUUUUAGCUAAGACUAUGCAAUUGGUGCAUAUUUUGCUCUAAUUCAGUGUCAUUUUUAACUGUUUUGACACAAGAAAUAGGUAGCUAUGUCCUAUUGAAAGUCCAAGGUUUUGUUAAAAUGGUUCUAAUAAUCACAGACUUUAAACAAUGUACUGAAGUACUGAAGGGAGUUGACUUUAUCGAUUAUCAUUUAUUUUAAAAUCAACUUAUCUUGCAUGGCAAUUAGUUUCCAGUCUGUAUUUGAAUUCCGCUUUUUUUUAUUUUAUGAAUUUUUAGACUUUUCCGACCAGAAUUUCAAGAAACCUCAUAUGAAUCAUGUUGUGUUAUAUUUAAAUAUAGAUUUCAAACUAUGUAUUAGUAAUCGAAACAACUCUAAGAAUCAUAUGGAUCCAGGCACUAUUGAUAUCGAAUUCUAGUCUCGUUCAACCAGACGCUCGACUGUCUCCAUUAAUCUCUGACAAGCAAGAGAGCCUCUCUGCUUGUCGGAGAUUUACGGAGACAGCAGAGCGUCUGGUUGAACGAGACUUUAUUAAACUCUGGCGUAGGAACACGAGACUACAAAAAUAUCUAAAUUGUUCGUAUUAUAUAAAAUCUGACUAUUUUCAAAGUGUUUAUAGAUAAGUUUCCUUGAAAAACAAUGCUUCAGCAUACAUUACGGUACAUCAAAUUUUUCCAUUAUUUUCAAGAACUAAGUCUUGUCAGCGGUGAUGACUUGUGCUUAGGUCUAAACUCUGUUUCACUUUCGGUUUUCCAGAGUAAGUGCAUAGGAGAAUUGAUUAAAAUCAACUCCCAAAAAUCAGAAGUUUUUUUCCCCCAAGAACUGCUCUAUUGUGUGAAAUUGAUUUUAUUUCAAUUGAAAUAUACAGACCUGGAUGAAGGCGGGCAAGUGUCAUUGCAUACAAUGUAUUCAUAUCUAUUAACCAGUGACUGGACAGUUAACCAUGAGUAGACCCUGCCUUCAUCAAAUCGGAGUUUGUCAUCUACUGCCCAAAGUCCAAGCUCUAGUUAAAUUGGUUCUAAUGACCCUUUCCAUCCCUAUGGAUUGUUAACAUUCUUCCUUUUAUGUGCAAUAUCUCUUAUGUAUAGAUGAAAGGUGCUUUAAAAUAGUCUCAAUUUAACACAUUCAAUCUUUUACAAAUAAUCAGGUAACAAUGUUAAACUUUUUACAAAUUUGUAUACUUAAAACUGAAUAAAAUAUUUAUUUGUA